UAUUCAGUUACAUUAAAAAAUUCCUUACCACCAUCAAAUGAUCCACAUGAUUAUAUGUCACUUUCAAGAUAUUUUUGGCCAAAUCCUGAUAAACCUAAUGGAUUACCUUAUAUUAGAAUUGAUGGUAUAGAAAAUCCCGAAAUUUAUACAAUACCAGAUUAUACUUUAAUGCGUGAUUUAUUUAAAGAAAUUGGAAAUUUAGGAUUCGCUUAUUUUUUUACAAAUAAUAAUUCUUACGUUGAAAAAGCUUUAUAUAGAAUCAAUGAAUGGUUUAUUGAUGAAAAAACUAGAAUGAAUCCAAAUUUAAAUUAUGCAGGGUUUAGAAAAGGUGAUAUUAUUGGUAGAAGAACAGGUGUAUUAGAUAUAAGACCAGUAUUUAGAAUGUUACAAUCGAUACCAUUAAUGCGUUCAUCAUCAAAAUGGAAUUUUGUUAUAGAAAAAAAAUUACGUCGAUGGUUUUCAGAAUAUUAUACUUGGUUAACAACUUCUCCUAUAGGAAUAAAAGCCAAAGAAGAUGGAUUUAAUAAUCAUGGUACUCAUUAUGAUGUACAAGUAACUUUUAUUUUAUCAUUUUUGGGACAUGAUGAACAAGCAAGAACUUAUUCCAAACAAGCUCUUAUAAAUAGAAUAAAUAUAGGAAUAUUACCAUCUGGUGAACAACCUUUCGAAACUCGAAGAAUGUUAAGUUGGCAUUAUUCUAUAUUUAAUUUACAAGCAUUAUUCUUAUUGGCUGAGAGAGCUGAUCAUUACGGUUAUAAUGAUGCUUGGACUUAUGUUGGUAAUGAUGGUCAAACACUUAAAAAAGCUGUAGAUUAUAUCUUA